CGGCUUUCAGCCAUCCUCAAGAUCUCAUGCCUCCACGCUCCACUUCUGCCCACUUGUUGUAACUUUUUUCUCCCUCUCAAAACUCCCACCAUUCUUCUCCAAUCUCCACCACUCUUCAAUCUCCUUUUAUCAUUGAUUUCUAUUUCAUUUUUUUUACUGAUUUCUGUUUCUUUUGGGUUUUGCUGAUUAGGCAUGGGAAUUUUGGGUUCCCUGCAAUUUGAUUCAGUUCAGCAGCAGCCCAAAUUGUCGAGAUUGCGAUUUUGAGCUUCUUUCAUUAUUCAAUCUGUGAUUCAUGUCAAUUAGGGCUUCCGGUUUAAAUGGUUUUGCAGUCUACUUCUGCGAGCUUCCAUUUCUCGCAGAUUUUCAAUGCUUGCUCCUGUGAAACCACUCCGUGGAAUUUGAAUUUCCCACCCAUUGUUUUCUCCAAGAAAAGGAAGAGAUUUUGCCGAAGGAAAAGGGUUUUUCUGGCUUGUGCGAUUCCCUCUGACCGCCGACGCGGGAAUUUCAAUGUCCAAUUGGCCAGUUCCACCAGCCGUGGAGCGAAAAUCUUUGUGGUAAAUCGAUUCUCCGAGGAAUUCAAUGAUGGGGAAGGGUCCCAAGAAUCCUCAGUUCAAAUGGGUUCACAAUUCACCAACUUCCAAGAAGACCCAAUUGUGGAUAAGCUCAGGACUCAACUGGGUGUGAUCCACCCCAUCCCUUCGCCUCCCAUUAAUCGCAACAUUGUUGGAUUAUUUGGGUUCUUUUUCUUGAUUGGAGUAGUUUUCGAUAAGGUAUGGACAUCGGGGAAGAAGAAGAAAUCGAACAUUGAGCAGGGGCGGUCCGGGAUUUGGCCACAGGUGCCCACCAGUUUUUCCUUGCUUUUGGAAAAGGAUUUGCAGAGGAAGGAGUCAGUAGAAUGGGUGAACAUGGUUUUGGGGAAGUUGUGGAAGGUGUACCGAGGUGGGAUUGAGAAUUGGCUCAUUGGGUUGCUUCAGCCCGUCAUUGACAAUCUGAAGAAACCCGAUUACGUGCGAAGAGUUGAAAUUAAGCAGUUCUCCUUAGGGGAUGAGCCGUUGUCAGUUAGGAAUGUCGAGCGCAGAACUUCUCGUCGGGCCAAUGAUUUGCAGUAUCAAAUAGGCCUCCGUUAUACAGGUGGGGCUCGAAUGCUGUUAAUGCUGUCACUUAAAUUCAGCAUCAUCCCCAUUGUUGUGCCAGUUGGUGUUCGUGAUUUUGACAUUGAUGGGGAACUUUGGGUUAAAUUGCGGUUGAUUCCAACAGAGCCUUGGGUUGGAGCUGUUUCAUGGGCUUUUGUUUCACUUCCAAAAAUAAAAGUUGAAUUGUCACCAUUUCGCUUGUUCAAUCUAAUGGCAAUUCCUGUUCUUUCAAUGUUUUUGAAAAAACUUCUCACUGAGGAUUUGCCUCGACUUUUUGUACGUCCUAAGAAGAUCGUUUUAGAUUUCCAAAAAGGAAAAGCAGUUGGUCCUGUUGCAAAUGCUUUAACGGGAGAAAUGCAAGAAGGAAACAGGGACUUUGUUGGAGAACUAUCGGUGACACUUGUAGAUGCGCGGAAGCUCUCUUAUGUUUUCUAUGGUAAAACGGAUCCUUACGUCACUCUAAGCCUAGGAGAUCAGAAAAUACGUAGUAAAAAGAACAGUCAGACCACUGUCAUUGGGCCUCCUGGUGAGCCAAUUUGGAAUCAGGAUUUUCAUAUGCUUGUUGCAAAUCCUAGAAAACAGAAAUUACUAAUCCAAGUGAAGGAUUCUCUUGGAUUUGCAGACUUGACAAUUGGCACGGGAGAGGUUGAUCUGGGAUCUCUUAAAGAUACUGUACCAACAGACAGGAUAGUGGUCUUGCAAGGAGGCUGGGGUCUAUUUAGGAGAGGUUCUUCUGGGGAAAUAUUACUUCGACUGACAUAUAAGGCAUAUGUUGAGGAUGAAGAAGAUGACAAGACAGAGGCAGAAUCCAUGGAUACAGAUGUUUCGGAUGACGAGAUGUCUGAUUCUGAGGAAGUAGAUGCUACCUUUGAGCAGAGUCAAAGGGGAACCUUGAAUGGAACAGAUAAAGAAUCAUUUAUGGAUCUUCUAGCAGCUUUGAUUGUGAGUGAGGAAUUUCAAGGGAUUGUGGCAUCUGAAACGGGAAGUAUGCAAACUUCUGAUGAUGUUCCAAGUUUGGACCCAACAAUAUUAAGAUCGAUUGGCGUUACUUCUGAACUUAAACCUUCUAAUCCAAAUAGUGAUUCUGAAAUUUCUGGAGACUCUUCAUUUGCAGGAACAACAUUAUUAUGGCUUUCUGUGAUCACAAGUACUGCUGUGCUAAUUGCCCUCUCCAUGGGGGGUUCAAGUUUAUUCAAUCCCUAAUAUGUUGUGGCAGAGAUUCUGAGGCUAGUAUUCAGAGCUUCUGAUUGAUCAAGCCUGGGAAACAUAUACUCUUUGCAGCAUAACUUGAAGACAGACUCAGUAAGUGGAGUCUGAUUUUCAUUGUAUGUAUUAAUCUUCCACCAUGUAAAUUCACAUUCAUUACCUGAGGAAUGUUGUAUCGGCAGCAAGAAAUUUUUGGCUUCUUUUCCCACCAGCUGUGGUAAACGCAAACCCUUGUAUACUACAUUGUCUAUAUGAUAGCAUACCAGUCUCUUCCAACACUCCCUUUUUUACCAGGCAAGAAUGAUCAUUAUUAACAUUAGAAUGUUGUAUUACGGUGAGGUUAACCCAGGAAAUGGUUCCUAAAGAACUCAUGUUUUGAAGGUAGGAUUUUGGUGAUUGGAAAUUGAUUUCUGUAGGGUGGUUCUGGGCCAGAGCUAUGGCCAUCUGGAUGAGGAAGAAGGCAUCAAAGAAUGUAUUGUGGGUUUGAGAGACAGGCAUGAUCUAGGCCUUUAUUUUAUAUGAUUUGACCAGCACUACAGGGUUUGUUCAUGAUCAUUUCUAUUUGGAUAUGGUGAAAAUAAUAAAAUUCUCUUUGAUUCAUAGAUUA